AUGGGAUUGCUAGCGAGUAUCACUGCUGCUACACAGACAGAGUAUUCUCACAUGGAUACUUCCGUUAAACGAGCUCACAAUGCCAGUUUACUCUGGGGAACUUACCGUCCUAAUCUAUAUUUUGGUGCUCGUUCUCGCACUCCAGAAACUGUGCUGGCAGGUCUUAUGUGGUUUGGUAUAUCCAAUCUAGCCAGCAAACCUUGGGAUAAUAUUCGUCAUUCUUGUGAGCAAGAUGCUGGUCUUGCUGGCUAUGCUUGGAAUAAACACUCUGGUCGUAAUUUUGGUGAUCAAACCAUCAUCGAUAAAACAAACAAUGUUUCGAUUCGAACUCAGUUUCUCAAAUCUGCCGAUGGCACUGACUGGACUGUUCGCAUUUCAGGCACUCCUUUACCUGAUUCAACCACUGCGGAUAUCUCGCUGUUAUUCUAUGCCGGACUGGACGGUCAGGGUGAAAUCACUCUUGAUUCAUACAAGACGCCUUCCCAUCAAUCUGACACGGAUGAGGAUCAUCACAAUCGUAUUGCUAGACCAUUGCCACUUAUGGUCAAUGGCCAUACUCCUCUUCUUGGUAAUUUUGGGCUUGUGUUUCAUCAAGACCCUGCAUCCAAGAAUGCUCCGCCGCCUAUUAGUUCUACUGCCGCUGCCAUGAACUUGCCAGAUCUACGCGAUCCUGUGUUGAUCAAGUUGGCACUGCCUGAAGAUCAAGUCUGGAACAUCAAGGAUCAUGUCCGCAAUCUCUUGAUACAGAAUGCACAAACACUGAUUUCUACUUAUUCAAAAACACAGCAAUCGAAUAUACCUUUGCAAAACCUACUUCAUCUGGGAAAGAAUUCUCCACUAGACGCUCCAGGCAACAUUGCACUCUACCAGCAGACUUUUCGUUCACCAUUUUCUAUCGAUAUUGCGUUUUUAUCAAACCCAGACACAUCUCAUAAAAGUCCUAUUUCCCGGGAAGAUAUUGACUCUAGUGUUGGCUCCAAACUCAGUCACUCGCUCAUUAAUGCAGAGUCUCAGUUUGAUGUACGAUUUGAAAAUACUUUUCAUCUUGCAGAACGUGGGUUUUCUGAGAGUGAGAUCGGGUUUGGGAAAAUGUUACUAAGCAACAUGAUUGGAGGAAUGGGUUAUUUCCAUGGAACAAGCAUGGUUGAUCGCGCUUGGAUGGAUUUAGAUGACGGGGAAGAGGAUGAUUAUUUUGAGGGAUCGGUGUCCCAAGCACCUCGACCCAAUCCUAAACUAGAAGGACCAACCAGUCUUUUUACCGAUGUGCCUAGCCGUCCGUUUUUUCCACGAGGAUUUUUUUGGGAUUCUGGUUUCCAUCAGCAUCUGAUUGGUGUAUGGGAUAAUGAUCUCAGUCUGGAUGUAAUCCAAAGUUGGGCCUCACUUAUUGAUGAAGAUGGGUGGGUUGCUCGUGAACAGAUUCUUGGUGAUGAGCCAAGAAGCAAAGUUCCCGAGGAAUUUCAGAUACAGUAUCCUCAUUUUGCCAAUCCGCCUACUCUCAUUACAGCAUUGAUGCGUUACAUGAAUCGGUUAAAGACUGGUCGAAAUAGUAUGGAAAGUGGGGUAGAAUUGGACAAUCCUUUAUUCUUGGCAAACUAUCACAUUACUUCCAAGCACGCUGCUACCACUUAUCUUGGAACCAUAUACCCGAGUUUUAAAAGACAGUAUCAAUGGUUUCGUCGUAUGCAAUGGGGACAAAUUACAGAAUGGGGUAGAUCGUCGACAAGUCAAGAAGCAUAUAGAUGGCGUGGACGCAAGGGAAUUCAUACGCUUACUAGUGGACUGGACGACUAUCCUCGAAGCACUGAGCCACACGCAGGAGAGUUGCAUGUGGAUCUGCUCUGCUGGAUGGCACUGUAUUCUAAAACGCUUGGUGCCAUUUCCCAGGAAUUGGGUAUGGACGAAGACGCGGCCUUGUUUGAUAAACAGCACAAAGAUAUGCUUUUAUCUUUAGAAGAGCUUCACUGGGAUGAAAGCUCUCAAACCUAUACCGAUCUGUCUGUAAAUGCGCAGGGACAAUCUUACCAUGUUGUACACAAGGGAUAUAUUAGUUUGUUUCCAAUGAUGCUUGGACUUCUUGAACACGAUUCACAGCAUCUUGGAGCCAUUCUAGACUUGGUAGAAAGUGAGCGCGAUAUUUGGACUCCAUAUGGCAUUGCGUCCUUGUCCAAAUCCGAUCCAUAUUUUGGAACAGGAGAAAACUAUUGGCGCGGACCGAUUUGGAUAAACAUGAACUAUUUGACAUUGCAGUCUCUUUUCAAGAACUACAUGAACAAGCCUGGACCAUACCAGCAGCAAGCUCAGCGGAUCUACAAAAAUCUGCGAGCCAACGUCAUCAAGAAUGUGCACGAAGAAUAUGUGAAAACAGGAUAUGUGUGGGAACAGUACGGAGCAACUCAUGGAGAAGGCAAACGAUCUCAUCCCUUCACAGGCUGGACAGCGUUGGUGUUGCUGAUCAUGUCUGAAGACUAUUAA